UUCUGAGGUGUGUGAAUGUUUUCUCUCCAUGCAGUGUUCGUCGCCUAUUCCUUGUUGGUGGUCCUACUACUGGUUGUGCUGAUGGUGUGGGUGGCCCCAGCUCACGGCACGUCCAACAUCAUGGUGUACGUGUCCAUCUGCUCCCUUCUGGGGAGUUUCACAGUCACCAGCUGUAAGGGGCUGGGCCUGGCUGCUCAGGAUGCCUUCAGCGGGGGGCCUUCCAGCAGCCGAGCCCUAGGUCUCUUCCUGGGUCUACUGGGAACCCUGUCCGUCAGCAUCCUCAUCCAGUUCACCUUCAUCAACAAGGCUCUGGAGCACUACAGCUCCAACAUGUUUGAAGCCAUUUACUAUGUGACCUUCACAUCUACAGUCCUCACAGCUUCAGCCAUCUUGUUCAGAGAGUGGACCACAGUGGGUUUAGUAGACUGCCUGGGCAUGCUGUGUGGACUAACCACUGUGGCUGUUGGGGUCCUGCUGCUCCGUAUCUCCUCAGAGGCCUCACUCACCUGGAAACCAGCUGCUAGAGGACCAGAUAAAAUGGAUUAAUCAGAGGCUUGUCAGUCUCAGGGAGAUUAAUGCAGUGUUUAUUGGUUCAUUUGGGGCCAUAUUUUUUAUCUUGAAUAACAUAUAUAUUGUGAAUUGCAUUUGUAUCUAAUAAAAUACUUGAAUAUAAGUUGAAUAAUCUUACUGUGGAUUUGCGAACAACAUAUCUGUUGUGCAAUAUUUGUUGCUUGCCAUUCUCAAGGGCUCAAUGAUAGUCAUGUCCUGUUGUGUUCAAACACACUAAGCAGCAUUGUUGCUGUAUAAUGUGCUAGAUGUUUGCUAUUCUAACACUUGUCAGUCAGUGUCAAUCCACGUGGACUGGCUGUAACCAAAGAACCUAACUCGGGUGUCCGAUUGAAAAGUCUAAUUUCAUUACAACUUACACCGUGGUCAACUUUGUCAGUAUGGGGUCGUCUUUUAUAAUUAAGUGAAAUUAACUCAAUGAUUUUGUAUUUUUCAAUAAAAGGCAAAAAAAUAAG